AUGGCUUCUUCAGCCGUCCUGCUACUUAUUCUGAUGGUUGUGGCCGCGACGGUGCAUGGCCACACCCAUACCCCUGGAGGCACUCCGGCGGCACUGUUCUGGGAGGCGGCCCUCCCGGACUCGCCGAUGCCCGAGUCCAUCGCCCACCUCGUGCAGAAGGGCACCGAUCACUCGCCGCUCCAGCAGCACCAUUCUGCCGCCAUGAUCCUGCCCAACGCGUGCCUCGGCUACUCCUACAGGAUCAUAUGCAAUAGUCCUGCCCAACAGGCGUCGUCUGUGGAAGGCCUCUUCUUCCGCGAGUCCGACAUGCGUGUGGGGCGCACCAUGACGGGGGGUUCCCAACUCCCGCUGUUCGUGAAUCUAGAACACGACAUCUGGCACGCCUGGUAUGGGGGCACCAGUGGUUCGAUCUGCUUCAAGCUCAUCUCUGCCUUCGUCUUCAUCGACUCCGUCAUCGUCAAGUCCGAGCAUGGCUCCCAAGAAGAAGCUGGUGGUAACAAUGAAACUUGUGAUCUGAUUGUUGGAAAGAUCCAGAUGUGA